AUGGUUGUACUGAGUCGUGUGGGAUCGCCGACAAUGUCAGCGACUGUUGCCGGCACUCAACAGCAGCAGCAUCCUCAUCAAGAGUGGGAUAUCAAUGAUUCCAAUGUGCCCAGGGUAGCGGAAUAUGACACCUGGUCGGAAUGGGCCGACGGACACGUGCGAAAAGUUUACGCCCCGGACUGCGAGGAAGCGCGAAGACAUGCAUCCGGAUGGGCAAUGCGCAAUACCAAUAAUCACAACGUUAGUAUUUUAAAGAAAUCAUGUCUGGGGGUCCUGGUGUGCUCUCAGGCUUGUGUUUUACCUGGUGGAGGCAGAGUCCACCUGAGACCGGCGAUUUGCGAUAAAGCGAGGAAGAAGCAACAGGGAAAACCCUGUCCCAAUAGACAGUGCACUGGAAAACUCGAGGUGCUGUCUUGUCGGGGCCAUUGUGGAUAUCCAGUCACUCAUUUUUGGCGACACACCGAACACGCCAUAUUUUUUCAAGCCAAGGGACAACAUGAUCAUCCAAGGCCAGAGGCCAAAUCAACAUCGGAGGCAAGAAGAAGUGCAGGUGCUGUACGAAGAGCGAGAGGACUUGUGGCUCUCCUCGCCCGCGAUGCAGCUCUUGGCUCAAAGUUAAUGUCUCUUCGCGGCACUAAAAGACCGAAUACUGAUCCACUCGAGAUCCCGCCAAGAACUACGCAGCCCCCGCCUCUCAUCUCAGACAAAGGAUAUUCGUGUUCGUGUCCACCGUUUGAAUGCGUUUGUGGUGUGCAGAGUCCUCUGCACGCCUACAACCCACCGCAGCCUCAAACAAACUUCUACCCCCAGCAAACAUUGCCCCCGGAGACGGGGUUCUGGUUACAGGAACCACAGCAGAACCACCACGAAACAACCCUGGGUUACUGCCUGCCAAGUCAAGUGCCCCAGGAGCCAUCCUACCCAGACUUCCCCGUAUUCCAGGGUGAUCUCUUCCAACCAGAGGAGAUAUUCCAGCUGGACCAGCCCCUGAGGCCCGACUUCCAGAGUUCACAGGAGGCAGCUAGAUCCCCACCAACGCUCCUGGACCUGGGGAGUGGAAUAAUAAAAUACGAAGUGGCAAAACAGCCACAGGAGACGUAUUGGCAUCAGCUGCUGAGUGACGACUCGAGCAGCAGUCACUUGAGCCUCACCCAAGGUAAUAAUCACGACGAGAGGCUGCAAUUCCAGGGCUUCGAGGGCACCAAAACAUCCUCCACUGAUCCUCUUGCCUAUAGCUACGAUAAAUCGAGAGAGAUUACCAAUGAAUCGAAAAAACAUUACGAAUCAUUCUGGCUGGACAAUCGCUCGGACUUUCAUUACGAGGAUAAAUUCAAUCCCUGUGGGAUGAAAACCUCUCUGGAAUACCAGAAGGACGUUGAGACUGCCAUGCACCCUAGUCAAAGCCCAAAUACUCAGAAUACCUCCACUUUUACCAAUUUCGAUGAUUAUCAUCAGAUCAUCGAGUCGAAUGUCACCAAGAGUCCCACCCUCGGGGAUAGGCUCUUCCCAGAGACCGCUGAAUCCACCAUCCAGCAACAUUCCAGCCCGGAACCAUAUUUUUAUCCCAGUAAUGAUCGGUGUCAUUACACCUGCGACGUGGACUCCAGAAUGCCCCAAAUACAACUGCCUACCAAUUCAGGAAACUAUGACGUAUCUGAUAUAGAAAUUCCACAGUUUGUCGAUUACACUCUCGUGGGGAUGCUGUGCAAUUCUGGGGAGGACAAUUUGGGGGGCAGUGGACUCCUGGGGGGGUGUCAGCAGUCCCCCCAGCAAGCGUAUGUGCAAAAUCAUUAG